AUGGACGACGGUCAUUAUUGUCACAUUGGCUUCAGCAAUGCACUAAAGAUAAUUGUAGAAAAUCGAAAUGCUUCUGAUCAUAAAACAAAUUCUAUAAAUGUUAUGGUUCAUGUGGACGGAGCUCCUUUAGGUUCUUCAGCCGAAAAAGGACUUUGGACCAUAUUGUGUAAAGAUUCCGAAUUUGAAAAUGUUUUUGUUAUCGGACUUUAUCAUGGCGUUAGUGAGCCUAAAGAUCCUAAUGUGUUCCUUAGAAAAUUCGUAGAAGAAGCUACUGCAGUUUGCGUUAAUGGUUUCGAGAUUAAUGGUGAAAUAUUUCAAAUAAAAAUACAUGCUAACAUCUGUGACGUCCCGGCUAAAUCGUUCAUUUUGAAUACUAAAUAUCAUAGUGGUUACCAUAGUUGCAAUGAUUAUGUUGAAGCUGUGGCUGAAAUCAAAGCUAAUUUAGAUGAACUAAGUGGAGGUAGCGAUGCUGAAAAAAUGAAAAAAUCCAGGGCAAGAAGAAAGAAAAUUUCUUAUCAAGGUCUUGGUGAUUACAGUGGAGCUGUUGCAGACGCUGAAAUGAAGGCUGAUUCAGAUGUACCAAGUAGUGAGAGUGAUGUUGAAAGAAUGAAAAUUCCCAAGUCGAGGGGAAAAACAAGUUUUUUCGAGAACAGAAAUAAAAGUAUUUCGAUAGAUUCAAAAGACAGUGAAACUGAUGAACACGAUGAAACAUUAAAAAAUACAGAUGAAAACAGCUCUAAAUCAUUGCCUUCAUCUCUUUCAUUGUGUGUGUCACCUCAAGUUCAAAAUGGGCCCACAGUUGCAGAUACUCAGAUAGAUGAGCAACUAAAUUCAGAAAGAGAUAUACUCUUCUCUAUGCAUGGUAUGUUGAAAAAAAUAAUGACCAGUAUUCAUGCAUUGAGCAUGAAGCAGGACAGACUAGAAGGAAGACUGAGGCAGUUAGAAAGUCGCGGCCUCAUGAAUAAUGCAGUAGCUAGUGUUACUUCAAGUUUUAUGGUGAACGACGCUAUAGUAAAACGUUUUCCAAUAGAUUCUAAAGAAAAAUUGGAAAUAAUGGAAAAUGAUUUGAAAAAACGGAAUAUUUUCAAUGAUGUGGUUCAUUUCAUGAAAAGCAAGGGCGGAAGCAGUGCACAUGACUUAAUUUAUAAUAUAUUAGGAUCUAUGGUGACAAAUGAUCUGGCAUCCCAUUACAGCUUUUACGGGCAGAAGAAAAAAGGCAAAUUUCAGGAAUUGCUUUUAUGCUCCUGUAUUUUCUUUGCCGUAAGAACAGUUAAUGACAAGAUCACAGAUGCAGAAAUCAUUACCAGCAUUCGUAUGUGGUUGGACAACUCAAAAACGAGGGCUGAAAGAAAUAAGAAGAAUGCCAGUAGUGGUCGACGGGUAUUCUCCCUGGUCAUGCCAGAAGAUGAUAUACAGGAAGAUUGAGAGAUAAAUGGUGUUAAGAUGAUGAAUAGAUUCCAAUAAAAAAUUUUUCACUGAUUUGCAACUACUUAAUUCAAAUGAAAAACCUUAUGCAUAUAUUAUUUCCAGGAAAUGCUUUUGAAUGUUUCAAUGGUCAAAAAUUAUACUCUGAAAUCUUCCCGAAAAUAUUCUCGCAAGAUUUGUUUGGAAUAACAGGAAAUAUUUCUCAAAAAAAUGUGAGAAACAUUUUCAACAUUGCAAUUGUUUUGAAAUUUUUCAGCAAUAAUUCAUUAUUUUGUGAAAGUUUCUAACA